ACGUGUGACGUCGUACUCACGUCUUGCGUCAACUCAAAAUCGAAGUAGAUUUCUCCAGGCGUACACUCUUUAUUUUCUGCAUUGCAAUAAACAUUUUGUACAUAACUUCUUUAACAUGGCCUGUUUGAAACCGCGGGAGCUUGCCGCUGUAACGGAAUACCCGUAGGAGUACCUCGUAUGGGAUCGAGAUCUACGCUUCUUUCAGCUAAGCUAACGUUAUUGCAUCUGUUAGCAAAACUUGCUAGCUAAGAAGCUAGCGCUAGCACUUAGCGAUCCCUACCGUCGAGCUAGCUAUGCAGUAGCACGUUAGCCUAGCUCGCUAACCAGUGACAACUGACACAGGGCACAGAUGAUGUAAUCCUGAACAUGCCACAGUGAAAAACCAAGCGUUUCCUGUUUGUGUCGCUGCCACCUACGAUUGACACACUUAAUAAAGCCUCACUUCACAAGACAUCUUCCCCGAUAAUCUACACGGCAUCCCUGUCUGCAGCUCCUUCUGCACCUGAAUCAUGUGAGGGCCCCUCGGUCCAGUCUGAGGGGAUCCCAGGACUGUUGCAAAUACGACCCCCGCUGUGCGGGGUGAGACUGAGCCUGUCUGUGUCUGAGAGAGAGAGAGCAGUCUCUCCAGUACACCCCCCCCCCCCCCUCCCCUCCCCAUCCACACAUUCCUGUUCUCCUCACCAAGGAGACACGCCAUGAUGUUCCGAGACCAGGUAGGUAUCCUCACAGAUUGGUUCAAGGGCUGGAAUGAGUGUGAACAGACGGUGGCACUGUUGUCCCUCCUGAAGAGGGUGUCGCGCACCCAGGCUCGCUUCUUACACAUCUGCCUUGAACACUGGCUGGCAGACUGCACAGAGAUCCACAUCCUCGAAGCUGAGGCCAACAAUGCAGCAAUUGUCAGCCAGUGGCAUCAGGAGCCAAAGGAGAAGGUUGUGUCCUUGCUGCUGUCCCACCUGCCUCUGCUGCAGCCGCGCAACAGCGAGGCCAAAUGUGAGUACAUGAAGCUGCUGCAGAAGGUGUUGAGUCACACUAUCGAGAGCAGCCUGUUUGUGGAAGAAAGCAGGCAGCUGCUGUCCUACGCGCUCAUCCACCCGGCCACAACACUGGACGACCGCACCUCUCUGGCCAUGUGGCUAAACCACUUGGAGGAGCACCUAUCCAGUGGCUACGCCCUCCGGGCCCCGUCUAGCCCCUACCACCCACGCCAGGGCUCAGAUGAGUGGCCCGGCUCUGCCGAGGCUCUGGACCCCGGUCACGCCUGGCACGACUCAUCCAGCACGUCUCCAGCGGGCCAGAAUGGACACAUGUCCUUCCCAGGCGGGAUGUCCUCUCCCAUCAACAGCAAUAACACAGGUCUCGUUGGACACAUGCAGCCCAGCCCUCUGAAGAAGUCCAUGUCCGUUAUUCCUUCCAGUCCCCAGGCUUGCGUCUCCGAGUGGGUCAGCCAGGAUGACAUAGGGGGCCGGCAGAACUUCAUUCUAACAGACCACGCACCCCUUUCGCCCCAGAGCAGCGUAGCCUCCUCGGGCAGUGAGCAGACAGAAGAACAAGGCUCCUCUCGCAACACCUUCCAGGAGGAUGGCAGUGGCAUGAAAGAUGUUCCUGCAUGGUUGAAGAGUCUCCGCCUUCAUAAAUAUGCAUCACUUUUCUCCCAGAUGACCUAUGAAGAGAUGAUGAUUCUCACUGAGCACCACCUGGAGUCGCAGGUUCUUAAGACUCCUUACAACAAUGUCACCAAAGGAGCGCGGCAUAAGAUCGCCUUGAGUAUCCAGAAACUGCGAGAGAGGCAGAGUGUGCUCAAGUCUCUAGAAAAGGAUAUUUUGGAAGGGGGCAACCUGCGCAACGCCCUCCAAGAGCUACAACAGAUCAUCAUCACACCCAUUAAGACCGCCAGCCUCCCCAGUGCGGCGCAGAUCGCCCUAGACGCAGCCACCUCCCUGUCAGACGCCACAAAAACAGGAGCAGACAAAGAGCCGGCCUCAGAGGGCUUCCAGUCCCACAACCCACCUCCCUGUGAUGGAGACUCCUCCGCCACACCCAUCUCAGACGGCGACAUUGCUGGACAGUUCACCCGCGUCAUGGGUAAAGUGUGCACACAGUUGCUGGUGUCACGGCCAGAUGAGGAGAACAUCAGCUGUUACCUUCAGCUCAUUGAGAAGUGUCUGACACACGAGGCCUUCACAGAAACUCAGAAGAAAAGGCUGGUGUCCUGGAAGCAGCAGGUCCUCAAACUGCUCCGCCUGUUCCCUCGGAAAGCUAUGCUGGACAUGCCUGUGUACCGACAGAAAGGCUGGACCUAUGGGUCCAACUCGCUCCCCACAGCAGGCUCUGUGAGUGGAGUUGUAGGGCGGCGGGGACAAAGACAGUUCCAGAUGACUCCUCGUGGACUCCCAGCGGGACGCAUCGGUCUUCUGAGUCCCGGCGGGAUCGGGGGAGCAUCUCCACGCCACACACUCACUAAUCCUGCGCUGGCAGGCCAGGGUAGACAAAACCUGUGGUUUGCCAACCCUGGGGGCAGUAACAGCAUGCCAAGUCAGAGUCGCAGCUCUGUGCAGCGGACCCACUCACUCCCGGUUCACACUUCCCCGCAAACCAUGCUCAUGUUCCAGCAGCAAGAAUGCCAAGUUCCGGGUGCUGACCUGGAGAUCAACCCCACGCUGGAGUCACUGUGCCUCAGUAUGACAGAGCAUGCCUUAGGGGAGACAGAUAAAGUUACUGACAUAGAUGGAACCGACCGGACAUCAACAAUAUGAAAAGAAGAAAGGAAAAACACACUUCAGUUGAGGCCUGUUCAGUUCCUCAUCACCCAGCACAAAGAUAUACGUAUGCUUAAAGAAAACCAGGCAAAGCAGUCACUACAAAAUGACAAAAAAACUGUGUAUAUGUUCUCUAAUAUUUUUGUACUUUAUUAUAUACAACUAAGUUUAUUAAAAAUGGAAUACAGAUGAUUAUUAUAUUGCAGGACAGAAAACAGACAAAAAAAAAGAAGCAACGUGCUCCAUGUCACCUGCAGGACUGUGACAUGCCGUGCAGAGGCUCAGUUGGCUGUGGUCUGAGAGGAAAGCGGUGGAUUGGUGCUGUCUUAAAGGGGUUCUGUUCCCUAUGAGUUACUCUUCUUUUCCUCCUGCCUUGGAGCAAGGCUUCUUUCCAGAACACACUGACGCCCACAGCCCCUGCACCACAUAACAUGUAGAUUCAGAAAAUGUCCAGCCAGAAGCAAGGCACUUUUAUGAAUUGAUCUCUGACAUCAGCCACCAAACUGUAAUUGGGCCUAGGACACAGUCGCUAGUACACUUCCCAACCGCCCCGAUUGUUCUGUAACCAGUGCUAGUGAGGGUUUGUGUUGGGUUGAAACUUACAGCUUUUCUCGGUUCUUUUUAUCCGCUCUUGAGGACAUGGUUUUGUGGCAAAAGGUGGAAAGAGAGGACCAAAAGAAUUGAGUAAACGCUUGUAUCUCUACCGCAGACAUGCAACACGUAGUGAAAGCAGAAGUGACUGUCCUCCUCUAAACGUCUACAAAGCCAAAGAGACGGGUUGUGCGAUUGUUUAUUUGAGAAGGAUAGUUGUAGUGAGCUGCAACAGAAUGGUAUAAUUUCUUUUCUUUCUUUCUUUUUUUUUUUUUUUUUUUUAAAAGAACAGCAGACCGAAUAAUUUAUGCCAGCUGCAAUUUUGUCUGUUAUUUUAUGCCCUACUACAUGAAUGAUGAUGAAUCUCAUUUUGUGCCGAGGAAGCCCCCGAGGGGUGAAUAAGGGCCGGUGAGGUAUGUACUGUGCAAGAGCUGAUUCGAUAUUGAAUUGAUAAAAGCGAGGAGGGUAGAGUGUUUUCAAUUUACUCACUCUAAUGCUGGGUGAGGAAACUAAAUGAAACCCACCUCAACCCUCUGGCCUCCUUAUGAUUGGCUCUGGGAAAACGAAGCUUGAUCUUGUAAUGAAUGCUCCGGAGCGCAGCGCCUCACCCUCUCGGUGCCCUCUUCCUCAAAACAGCCAAAGUGGUGAUUUGAUGAGUCAUACUUUUUCAAGGUGCUUUGACGGUGUCCAUAUUUUUCUGUUUGUGUCUCAAUGUGUUUCAGUCUCAGAACCCUAACAUUAUCACGUGGUAUCAGUGUUGAAUCAAAAAAAAAAAAAAACUUGUCUUAUACGGCCUCUGUAUUUGAAUGUGGCAGAGCGGAGGUGCAUGUGUGUGUGUGUGUGUAAUAUGGUCUUAACUUUCAGAUCACUUUUUGGUUGCAUCAUAAGGCAGAGAUAACCAUUCACCUUUUAUUUCAGCAGAGCCAUAGGAGGUCUGUCAAGUAAAGAUGGUUAUUUACAGAUAUCUUUUCCAAUUGUAUUUUUUACACUCUCCCUUGAUAUUGAUAACUUAUGCUUAUUUUCUAUAAUCGCAUGUUUUGCCACACUAAUACAGCACUGUUGUAGAUAGAGGACAUGGUGGUUGACGGUGAGCCGAGUCACCCAACAGCUAAGAGAGCAGAAAUCUUGCAACUAAUGUUGUAUAUCUAUACCGCCUAAAUGUCACUGUUUACAUCUCUCUGGGAUAAUGCCCAAUUCAUGUUAUGUGAUGUCAUGAAUACUCCAUUGUCUCACUAUGUAACGCAUUAAAGAACUGACGCCUUCUCGCACAUGAGCUGGCUGGGUAGAGCCUGAAAACAAAAGCCUUCUACCCCCUUACAUAACCCACGGACCCCGUCUGAGUCUCAGUAGGGUUUUUUUCAAGUGAGAUCCGAGGCAUGUAACGCCUGCUUUUCUGGUGACAAGAGAGAGAAUUAUCUUUCCUGGCCUUGUUAUUGAACUGUUAACUGUCAUGUCCUGAUAAACUGUUCAUGUGGUGCCUGAAAUGCACAGCUCCAGCAUCCUCAAUAUGUUGAAUUAAUGGUCUUGAGUAGUAUUCUAGUCAUGGAUUUCUUCAGAGCAGGCUCUUGGAUAGAUCUGACUUGCUAAAACCAUCACACUCAUGCCCGCAAGGGACUUCAGAGAGUUUUAAUGCCGACAACUUUAAGACUCGGCUAUCUUUUUUUUUCUUUUCUUUUUUUUUUAAACUAUUCACUAUCCUGUAUAUCACGUCUGUUAUGUUACAAAUGGCUCAGAUGACCCUUUUCAUAGCCUCUAGCUUUGGAUAGCUUACAUGUUGCUGCAAAUAGACACAGAGGUACAGUGCAGCACAUUUCUGCAAGUGUCUGUGUGCAUAAUGAAGAUGCAGCAGGGUGUGACGACGCUUAUCUGAGCCACAAAUCAUGUGAUUGUGAGUAAACAGAACACUAAUAACAGGCCAAGGAAUAUGUUUACUCCAUGUUUACAUUCCAGCGAGGCAUGAAAUGAGUAGGGAAAUGCACUUCACGAGUUCAGCCUGGUGUUUUUUUCACAUACCAAGCAUCCACUAGGAGGUACAGAGCCUGUGUCAUAUGGAGACGUCUACCAAGUGUACCCACGAUUGUGUUCAUGUCCCUGCCAGGCUUAAUUAUUGAAUAAAUGCUGCCAGCUGUAGGCUACAUUGCAUAUAUUUGUCUUGUACAAUUUAUAUUUAAUUCUAAUGACUCCCCAGACAUUUUUCUAAUAUUUUAUGAACUUUUUGCAUCCCAUGCUUACUCUACUUUUUUACUGUCACCCAUAUGUGUGAAUGGUCUGAAGUGCAGCAUCCGCCGGAUCACUGACAGUCCAAAUAAAGAGGUUCAGUUCUUUUGCAA